GCGGGGCGCCGGGCCUGGGCGUGUGCCGCGGCCGCCGGCGGGGCGCGCUCCCGCUCCGCUCCGCUCCCCCCGCACGCACAUUGUCCGGGCGGCGGCGGCGGCAGAGCGCCCCGGCGCCCGGUGCCAAUGCGGGGCGGGCGCGGCACACCGGGGGCGCCUCCACCACCGCGGUGGAAACUUCACCUCGCCGCCGGGCCGACGCGCGGCUGAAGCCCCCGGCGGGGCCGGGCCGGGCGGGGAGGAGCGGAGCGGCGGAGCGGGGGGCGGGUUAGCCCGCCUGGGGGGCGCCUCGUCUUGUUUGAUUUUCCUCCGUUGGAAGAAAAAGCAAAUAAUAUUAUUAUCCCGCUUUAAACUUCCGCGCCCCGCUCUCCAGGACGCGCAUCCCGCCAGGCGGGGUGGACGAGCCGGUGGUGGUGCUCCUGGAAUUCCUGAGCUGGAGUCGGCUGGAAGAUGACUGAAUAUAAGCUGGUGGUGGUGGGAGCUGGUGGUGUCGGAAAGAGUGCUUUGACAAUACAGCUCAUUCAGAACCAUUUCGUUGACGAGUAUGACCCCACGAUAGAGGAUUCCUACAGAAAGCAAGUCGUCAUCGAUGGAGAGACCUGCUUGUUAGACAUCUUGGAUACUGCAGGGCAAGAGGAGUACAGUGCCAUGAGAGACCAGUACAUGAGAACGGGGGAAGGAUUCCUCUGCGUCUUCGCCAUCAACAACACCAAGUCCUUUGAAGAUAUUCACCAGUACAGGGAGCAGAUCAAGAGGGUGAAAGACUCUGAUGAUGUUCCCAUGGUGCUGGUGGGAAAUAAAUGUGACCUACCUGCUCGGACAGUUGAGACCCGGCAAGCGCAGGACCUGGCCCGGAGUUAUGGCAUCCCCUACAUAGAAACGUCUGCCAAAACCAGACAGGGCGUUGAAGAUGCCUUCUACACCUUGGUGCGGGAGAUCCGUCAGCACAAGCUGCGCAAGCUGAAUCCCCCAGAUGAGAGCGGCCCCGGCUGCAUGAACUGUAAAUGUGUGAUAUCGUGACUACGCUGACUGGACCGUGUCUUGGAGAGGUUCCCACUGUGCAGAGUGCAAGGCAAGAGGUGAAGCGAAGGAAGAAGCAAACGGAUUCAGGGGAGGAGUAUAGGGGGAGGGGGAGAGGAAGAGGAGGAAGAGGAAGAGGACAGGGGGAGCAUGAAGCCCCUCCAAGGACUAUCUCGCACUUCACCCAAGCCUGCCGCAAAUGACUUUUUUCUUUUUUUUUUUUUUUUUUUUUUUCCCCCCCUCCCCCCCCUCCUUCCCCAUCCCCUCCUCCUUUGGCUUCCUCCCUCCCCGGCGACUGUACAGAGCCACAGAUUGAAUCACAGUAAAUUAUUAUUUGAUGGU